UGUACAUCCCCCGCCGUUUCCCUCGCCUCCUCCUUCACAACACCUCUACCUUCACUUCCCCUUCUCCUUAUCUUCCAGUCUUUGCCUCAACUCAAACCUCGAUCCCCCAUUCCUCUAUGCCCAACCUCCUCCUUCGCACCACCAGUUCGGUGCCCUCCCUCCACGGUGGCUGACUGUUAUCGCCCAGGAGCGGGACAGCAGCAGACACGACGAUUCUCACAACCGAACGCGGUAGGGCGAGACAACACAUCUCUCCCCGGCCGCCCCCCAGGCCCUCAGAGAAGUGUGACCAUGGACCACAGAGUAGAUGCUCUUGCAAAGCGAAAGAACAGCAGGUCGCCCGAAGGUGGCCAGCCCCGCAAGAUGCGUAGGGAGGAGCCGAUCACCACUAAGGACAACCCCGUUCGGCCUCAGACAGCGGCGGAGCCUGCUCGAGACCCACGGUUAGCGAAACAGACCAAGAACCCUAGUCGACAUGCAUCGCCACACGCGUCGUCGCCUCUCGCCCCUGGCUCGAGGAACGGCUCUAGCGGGAAUUCAACUCCUAUCGACGGGGGGCGCGUCAACGGCACAGUAGACGAACCGGACUCCAUCCUCGGCCUACUCACUACAUUCAGGGACCAGAUAACAAACCAUGUGUGUGUGAAACUGGCGUACGAUGAGGCUUCCAGACGGCACGAUCGAGCUUGCAUAGAGUACGAUGUGCAAGCGAAGCUCGGCACGCUGAAGCAGUUCCCAAGCAUCGGAGAACAAAAGACCAGGAACAGGGAUGUUGCUCGCAAAGAAAUGGAGCAGCAAGAACGCAUUGUGCAGAAGCACAAAGCCUCCCACGCACUAACGAUGAGCAAGCUUGCCAAGAUGAUCGGCGAGACGCAGCAGCCUGCAAGCGCGGAUUUCGUGUCACGUGCGGAAUUCGCUGAACUGCAGACCAGCGUCACUGAAUUGAAGGCCACCGUGCAGGGUGUGCAUUCGACCGUCAAUAAUAUGCAAGUCGAAGUCGAGACUGCCCUACCCGCGGCUCAGGAGGCGCGUGAUCGCGUCAGUAAAGUCGAAGCAGCAGUCACUGAAGCGCAAGAAGGGACAAAACGACUGGCUAGUGAUGUGCGAAGGGCUACAGCGGACGCUCAGUCUGCACGUGACCGCAUGGACAGACUUCAAGCGCACGAGCUGUCGAAAUACGCUACUAAGGAGGCCAUCGAAGGUCUGAAAAAAGAGUACACCGACCUCAACCAAGCAGUCAUCGAAGUCAGUAAGAUGGCACGCGGUGCGACUGCCGAUGUGGGUCGGAUGAAAGCCGAGCAAAUUGGCUCUCGCAUCACCGCACAAUCUGCAGCGGCCGCUAGUAAACUCGAUGAAGGGCUUGAGACGAAAGUGCAGGCUCUCCUAGCAGAGGGUCCAGCUUUGAUCGCAAAGGUCACGGAGCUCGAAGGCGCCGUGAACACCUUGUGGAAACACACUAAGGGUGUGCAGUGUGGCGUGAUCGAGGCUGCUGAAGAUGGUGCGAGCUUAGAGGAGCGCAUUGGUGAUCUUCAAGGCAGGAUGACGUCUAUCUCGACGGCUGUCGAGACGAUGAAAAUGAGCGCGACGAAAGAAAGCACAGCGAGCGACGCGACUUUGAGGGACCGCGUGGAGAAGAUCGAAGAAGAGCAAGGCACGUUGAAGCGUGAUCUGAAAAACGCGUCAUUGAUCAAGCCGGCCUCAGAUCAGUCUCCUAGGGUGGCAACGAAUGUUGGACGAUUGACGACGCGUCUGGACUCAAUCGAAGAACGCGUCGCUCUCGUGAACGAAGAAUUGACGGCGCGUCUGAACUCAGUCGACGAGAAAAUCAAAGAGGAACACGAAGACUUUGACUUCGAGAAGGGAGAAAUAAUCAAAUUUGUCGAGGAGAAGGUCGCCGCUGUGAAGAACAAGAUCUCACCGAUGGACGAGAAGAUCUCAGGUGUCGAGCAAAAGAUCCUGCAAGACAUCAAUAUCAACGCCAUCCGAAACGAACUCUCCAGGAUCGACGACGGCCGGGUCCAAGAAGGACAAGCCUUGAAAGCGACGCUGGACCGCUUGGCGCGCGACAUCGAUGGCCUUCUGAAAGCGCAACUAACAGACAUGAUUCUUGUGCCCUUCCAGAACGAGAUUCGACAAGAGAUCACCCAGGCCAAGAACCGGCUCGGCGCCUUGGAGAUGAGAGCGCCGCACUCUCCCGCUUCCCAGCAGCAGCUUGCACGCGCCUCGCAAUCCCCAGCCAUUCAGCAAGGGCAACAACGCCCACCUCAUUUCCCCUCACCCAACACCCAGCCAAAUGGCGCCGGUCCCCCUCCGCAUAUGAUGGUCAACGGCUUCCCGCACCACUCGCCACACACCCCACCCGGAUUCGCCAACAACCCUCCCGCCAUGCCCGCAAACCAAGGCGCGAUCCCAGGCGCGAUCGAAUACCUCACCCAGCGAGCCGACCACCUCGCCAUCGUCACUCAGCACCUUAAGCAGCGCAUCGACAACCUGACGACCGACGAAGUCGUGGAGAAAAUGCUCGACCAGUUGAGCGUGCUCUACCCGCACGCUAAGAACGUGGACGCCGCGAUUGCGCAGUUGCAGGCGCAGCUGCACUCCCUCAAAGGAAACACGGAAGCGGAGCUGCAAGACGUCAAGGCGCGGAUUGCGCGCUGCGAGGCUGCGAAGCCGACAGAAGGCUUGAACGCGGACGUGAAGGCAGUCUGGAGCGCAAUCGGCGCCAUGACGAAGGAGGACCAGGAUCUCUCCACCAAACUCGACGCUGUGCAAAAAGACAUUAGCCGCGUGUCUGACGUCGCGACGGCAGCAGACUGCUUGUCUAGGGAGCACUCUUCGCGCUUCUGCAAGAUGAAGCCGGAGACUAUGCUCAAACAAAUCGCCCAGCUAGAGGAGCAGGUCGAAGGCCACGAGCAGAAACUCACGACCGGCGAGGCCGAGCUGAAACGUCUAGCGGGCGAGCACGUGGAGUUGCAGAAAGAAGUGGCGGUGUGCGGGGGCAAGGUGGAGGGGAUGAUGGAGGCGUUGCUGUGAGCAGAGCAGAGCAGAGCGACGAUGACAUUGCGGCUGCGCUUUUGUGAUGGGUGCUUUGCCCCGAUAGGUGCUUUGCAGCGUUUAGCGGCGACGGCAUAGAUACCCCCUUUUUUUUUGCUUUUGCUGUUUUGAUUGCUAUGGGGGUUCUGGGAGCGUGAUGAGCGUACUAGCGAGCAGGCGGAAAUGGGUAUCAGGCUUCCUAUGGCGGAUGACUGACAGUAGAAGAAAGGGGAAAGCGAAUUGUCACGAG